AAUGUGAGGGGAAAGCGACAGCCAGAGUCUCCGGAGCACCACCUCUCAUAAGGAGAGCACAGACGAAGGGCAGGGAUCGCCUACCCUCCAUGUGACUUGCUGACGUUACAGUAGGACGCUGCUAAAGAGGAAUGCGGGGAAUGAAUACUGAUUACUGCUUAAGAAGGGAUCCACACUGCCCCUGACGUACAAGUCGAGGAAGUCCGAAGUUUACUUUUCGGCUGGGUAACUUGUUUGAUUCACAUAUUUCUUUCAGACCUCGACUACGGUAGGCCGACUCACGAUGUCCGGCGAUCAUCAUAAUGACAAGGAGGCCAUGAGUAUAUACUGUAUAACCCUCAACGGUCCAGCACCAUGGGGCUUCAGACUUCAGGGGGGGAAGGACUUCAGCAUGCCCCUCACGGUGUCCAGGCUGACCCCCGGGGGUAAGGCCGCCCAGGCCGGUGUGGGCGUGGGAGAUUGGGUGGUGUCCAUCGGAGAGACCAACGCAGAAGACAUGACCCAUGUGGAGGCACAGAACAAGAUCAGAGCAGCAGAGGAGUCUCUCACCCUCACCCUCAGCAAAGCUUUCCAUGCGGGUGGCGAUCAGAAGGAUUCACUCGCCCCCGCCUCCGCUCAGCCCAAAUACUCCUUUGCCCCCAGCACCGCUAUCAACAAGAUGGCGCGGCCAUUCACGCCGGGCGGCGGUAACACGGUCAUUAAACCAGUGACGUACGCCCCUAAAGUUAACACCCCGGUCCCCGUCAGCAUGCUACAGCCACACAACGGCAUCAAGGCCUCUCGGUCACCUGCUAAGGCCCAGACCCAGGCAGCCGACAAACCUGACGCCUCUAAGGCUCCAGUCAACUCUGGUCCAAAGGUGCGCCCUCCGUGGGUGACUGACCCAGGUUUCGCUGACCGUUACGCCCCAGACAAGACCAGUACGGUUCUGACCCAGCACAGGCAGCCGGCCCAGCCUACGCCCAUGCAGAACCGCUCCUCUAUUCUACAGGCGGCUCAGCAGGCACCGGAGGACAGCGGAAGGACCCCUCUCUGUGGAGCCUGCAAAAAGAUCAUUAGGGGCCGGUACCUGGUGGCUCUGGGUCAGUCCUGGCACCCAGAAGAGUUCCAGUGUUCCCAGUGUAAGGUGAUGUUGGAUGAGGGAGGAUUCUUCGAGGAGAAAGGCUCAAUCUUCUGCUCCAAGUGUUAUGAUAACCGCUACGCUCCCAACUGUGCCAAAUGCAAGAAGAUUAUCAUAGGGGAUAUCAUGCAUGCUCUGAAGAUGACCUACCAUGUCCAGUGUUUCAUGUGUGCUGCCUGUAAGAGCCCCAUCAGAAACCAGGCCUUCUAUAUGGAGGAGGGAGAACCUUACUGUGAGAAAGAUUAUGAGAAGAUGUUUGGUACUAAGUGUCAUGGCUGUGACUUUAAGAUCGAUGCUGGGGACCGCUUCCUAGAGGCCUUGGGAUACAGUUGGCACGACACCUGCUUCGUCUGCGCUUUCUGCCAGAUCAACCUGGAAGGGAAGACGUUCUACUCUAAGAAGGAUAAGCCACUGUGUAAAGGCCAUGCCUUUGCUCCCGUCUGAGAGGGAGGGGGGGGGAGAGAGGUGGUUCAGAGGGGACAGGAACCAUUCUCUGAACCCUGAAGACCUCCGCAUCGCACAGCUCCAGUCACUCUCCACUCCACUGCAAACCAGACAGCUUUUCAGAUCCUCACUAUCGCUCAGCUAAAGAUGUGUUCAGAUAUACUUCUAUCCCUGGACUUUUCAAAUGCAUCCUGUGCUGGCUCCCUCCCACUGGCUCCCUCUGCUGUCAGUCAUACUUCCUGGUCUCUUAGUCUAAGAUCUGAAGGAAUUUGAUGUCAACCUUUUUCCAACUAUCUGCCUAGUUUCUCUACUGUUGUUCCUCAUAGCAGGUUACUCUAGUAUCAUGUGUAGUGUUAUUACAAACGGAGUAAUAUCAAGCCUAAGCUCAAUGCUGUAUAUCUCAUGUAUUACCAGUGAACCACUGAAUAUGAAUAUAUAUAUAUAUAUGUGUGUCAUUCUCCCUCUGUGAUUGUGAUGCUAACCACUGUUGUUGACAAGUCAUUCUUUACUGCAAUGUGUCUAGUCAGUUCAACUGUUUGGGCAGCGGCUGUUCGUUUGGUAAAAUAGCACACUUAGCUCCAUUUCACUUUGAAGUGGCUUCAAAGUUGAACCAACCAUUUUAGUGUGUCAUUUUCUAAGAUGUUACAUUUAACCAUCGCUCCACUACCGACUUCAUUUAAAGUCCCCUCUUAGUCUCUGGUUCGUUUGAUGCCCCUCUAUACUCCAGUACUUAAGGAAAUAUAAGGGGCAACCUUAAUCCAGUACUUAAGGUAAUAUAAGGGGCAACCUUACUGCAGUAUUGUUGGUAAUGGGCAACCUUACUGUAGUACUGUUGGUAAUGGGCAACCUUACUGUAGUACUGUUGGUAAUGGGCAACCUUACUGCAGUACUGUUUGUAAUGGGCAACCUUACUGUAGUACUGUUGGUAAUGGGCAACCUUACUGUAGUACUGUUGGUAAUGGGCAACCUUACUGUAGUACUGUUGGUAAUGGGCAACCUUAAUGUAGUACUGUUGGUAAUGGGCAACCUUACUGUAGUACUGUUGGUAAUGGGCAACCUUACUGCAGUACUGUUGGUAAUGGGCAAUCUUACUGUAGUACUGUUGGUAAUGGGCAACCUUAUUGCAGUACUGUUGGUAAUGGGCAACCUUACUGUAGUACUGUUGGUAAUGGGCAACCUUACUGCAGUACUGUUGGUAAUGGGCAACCUUACUGUAGUACUGUUGGUAAUGGGCAACCUUACUGUAGUACUGUUGGUAAUGGGCAACCUUACUGUAGUACUGUUGGUAAUGGGCAACCUUACUGUAGUACUGUUGGUAAUGGGCAACCUUACUCCAGUACUGUUGGUAAUGGGCAACCUCACUGCAGUACUGUUGGUAAUGGGCAACCUUACUGUAGUACUGUUGGUAAUGGGCAACCUUACUGUAGCACUGUUGGUAAUGGGCAACCUUACUGUAGUACUGUUGGUAAUGGGCAACCUUACUCCAGUACUGUUGGUAAUGGGCAACCUUACUCCAGUACUGUUGGUAAUGGGCAACCUUACUGUAGUACUGUUGGUAAUGGGCAACCUUACUGUAGUACUGUUGGUAAUGGGCAACCUUACUGUAGUACUGUUGGUAAUGGGCAACCUUACUGUAGUACUGUUGGUAAUGGGCAACCUUACUGUAGUACUGUUGGUAAUGGGAAACCUUACUGUAGUACUGUUGGUAAUGGGCAACCUCACUGCAGUACUGUUGGUAAUGGGCAACCUCACUGCAGUACUGUUGGUAAUGGGCAACCUUAUUGCUGUAAGGAAAUCAGUCAAUUGGAAAAAAUGAAUUAGGCCCUAAUCUUUGGAUUUCACAUGACUGGGCAGGGAUGCAGCUAUGGGACGGCGUAGGCACAGCCAAUCAGAUUCAUUUUUUUUUACCACAAUAGGGUUUUAUCACGUCCGUCCCCCUUCCCACGCGGGAGGAAGCCGGAUGUGGAGGUCCUGGCAUGGUUAAACGUGAUCUGCGGUUGUGAGUCCGGUUGGACGAACUGCCGAAUUCACAAAAAAAACGACGUUGGAGGCAUCUUAUGGGGAAAUAAAGAUACAAUUCUCCGGCAACAGCUCUGGUGGACGUUCCUUCAGGCAGCGGGCCAUUUGCUCUCUCCCUCAAAACGUUCCUUCAGGCAGCGGGCCAUUUGCUCUCUCCCUCAAAACGUUCCUUCAGGCAGCGGGCCAUUUGCUCUCUCCCUCAAAACGUUCCUUCAGGCUGCGGGCCAUUUGCUCUCUCCCUCAAAACGUUCCUUCAGGCUGCGGGCCAUUUGCUCUCUCCCUCAAAACGUUCCUUCAGGCUGCGGGCCAUUUGCUCUCUCCCUCAAAACGUUCCUUCAGGCAGCGGGCCAUUUGCUCUCUCCCUCAAAACGUUCCUUCAGGCAGCGGGCCAUUUGCUCUCUCCCUCAAAACGUUCCUUCAGGCUGCGGGCCAUUUGCUCUCUCCCUCAAAACGUUCCUUCAGGCUGCGGGCCAUUUGCUCUCUCCCUCAAAACGUUCCUUCAGGCUGCGGGCCAUUUGCUCUCUCCCUCAAAACGUUCCUUCAGGCUGCGGGCCAUUUGCUCUCUCCCUCAAAACGUUCCUUCAGGCUGCGGGCCAUUUGCUCUCUCCCUCAAAACGUUCCUUCAGGCUGCGGGCCAUUUGCUCUCUCCCUCAAAACGUUCCUUCAGGCUGCGGGCCAUUUGCUCUCUCCCUCAAAACGUGAGACAUCUGUGGCAAUGUGUUGUGUGACAAAACUGCACAUUUUAGAGUGGCCUUUGUCCCCGGCACAAGGUGCACCUGUGUAAAUAGAACCCUAUUCCCUAUAUAGUGCACUACUUUAGACCAGGGCCCUAUUCCCUAUAUAGUGCACUACUUUAGACCAGGGCCCUAUUCCCUAUAUAGUGCACUACUUUAGACCAGGGCCCUAUUCCCUAUAUAGUGCACUACUUUAGACCAGGGUCCUAUUCCCUAUAUAGCGCACUACUUUAGACCAGGGCCCUAUUCCCUAUGCCCCAUUCCCUAUAUAAAGUAGUGCACUAUAUAAAGGAAAUAGGGAGUACUUUAGGACACAGACCCAUAUUGCACUAGUCACUAUAGAUACUGUAGAACACUCCAUAUUGAUCCCAGAAUACUUCACUUCACGACAGCUAUAUUAGUAAUUGAUUUAGUUUAAAUUAGAAUAGUAAAAUCAUAAAAAAGGAUUUAGUAUUUUGAAGCAUCACUGUCAAUGUACUAUUUAUGGAAAUAAACUAUGGCUUGUUUACAGGGCUGGGGGUCAAAUCCAGUUUAAACUAUGGAAGUGAGAUCUCACAGAACAUUUAUAGAAUAUCGUUACCACUAAUUGACUGUUGGAAUUGGAGUUGGAAUUGUUGUCCUGGGAUUUGUAGUCAUUGUGUUGUCCUGGGAUUUGUAGUCAUUGUGUUGUCCUGGGAUUUGUAGUCAUUGUGCUGUCCUGGGAUUUGUAGUCAUUGUGCUGUCCUGGGAUUUGUAGUCAUUGUGUUGUCCUGGGAUUUGUAGUCAUUGUGUUGUCCUGGGAUUUGUAGUCAUUGUGCUGUCCUGGGAUUUGUAGUCAUUGUGUUGUCCUGGGAGUCAUUCUAUACAAGUGGCUGUAUGUAUUGAACCAAAUACUGUAUAAUCUAGGGCUCUAUUCAAUCCCAAUCUUUGAAAUUCAUCUUUACAACGUUAAUUACAUUUAAAAGCAAUGUUCCAAACUGUUUUUUGGCGGAGACUGCAUUGGUAAAUGCUGUAUAUAUCGGCUCAAUAGCAAAUUAACCUUUUUUAAAAAAAAAUGAAAUCUGUAACGCUUCAGCAACACCUGUUUGAAUAGAGCUCAAGUCUCACAAGAGGCCUGUAAAGUAGUUCUUUGUUGGGUGUGUUUUGAAACCAAAUCAUUUAGUAAUGUACUGUAUUUGUUUGUUUGUUUGUUUGUUUGCAGAGGGCUGAGAUGGUUCUCGUCUGACAUGAACCCAUUCCUACAAUUGUACACAAUGUCAACCUAAUGGUCUGAUUCCCCCACUUAACGUCAACUUCUGCUCCAAGAACAAUAGGAAUAUAAUUAUAGAAUAAAUUAAUAUUAAAGUAUUGUAUACCAAGUGUCUUUUCAAGCUUUGCACACUGAGCUUUUUACAAAAAAGUACUUAGUCAAAAUACUUAAAUUCGUACGAAAAACUGCUGUAUUCAUGUGUACACGCUAGAGAUGUUUUUAGAGGAACAAUUGAAGUCCUUGAUAGAUGAGCUGUAUUGUGUAUUAGAACCAGUUAAUUCAUAAAUAAAUAAAAUGUCAGCAUUC